GGGAGUGAGACUGUGAGAGAGGGAACGAAGCAAGAACGGAAAGGGUUUUUGUGUUGGUAGUGUUGUGUAGUGUGUGAGAGAUAAGACUCUGGCUCUGCGACCCACUCACUCGCUUUAUUUGUGUUAAUCUAUCAUCAUCGUCAUUCAGCAGUGAUGGCAGCGUCUCUGGGAGUGUUUUCCGGAAUGAGCUUCGUGGCGGCCGAGGCGCCCUCAGGAAGCCUCUUCAGGUCUGUGGCUGUGGCUGUUCAUGUCCCGCCGAAGGGGGGAAGGGUGCUGGGGGCUGUGCGAGCGGUGACGUCGGCGACGGUGUCGGAGACUCCUUCGAGCCCUAAGGUAAGGGGCAUAAUGAAGCCCCGCAAAAUCUCUCCGGAGAUGCAAGCCAUCUGCGGCGUCUCCGAGAUUUCUCGAACCCAGGCUCUCAAGCAGAUUUGGGCCUACAUCAAGGAAAACAAUCUUCAGUCUAGUAGUAUCCAAAUUAGGAAGCUGCGUGGUCCAACUUGUUGUUCUUAGCACUACUACCACUUGCACUAAAUUGCACCAUUUUCUCAUACAGUUUACAACAUCUACACUCAGCUUUUUCAUAUCUAUACGAGUUGAGUGCGCAUUCCUAAUCCUAUGUACUCUUUCUAGAUCUUUCAUUAUAUGAGCGAUUAAUGCAUGUAUAUAUGUUCAUCAAGCAAAUUUACCCCAAGGGGACUGCUCCUUCUUUUCAAUUCUGAAAGAAGAGGAUGCCUAGACAAUGACAGAAGGAGUAACUGGUAGAAAGACCUCAAAAACUUGGGGACAAUUUUUUGCAAUGAUUUCCACUCAUUAUGUGCUUAUUCUAAAAAUGACCCAUAAUUAUUAUCCGUUUUGCGUGAGACAUUAACUCAUGCUUUUACCUUUCCUAUUUCUAACAAAUGGAUCUGCACAACUCCAUGAAUAUCCAGCAGUUCUGUUAAGCUGAUUUUACAAUAAUAGUUUAUGAGGAAGAUUUCCAUGGUGGUUUCUUGAGCCGGCUGAUGUUUCUGCGUUCAAUGUGUUAUUGGCAACUAUUUCCUUUA